AACCAGUUCCAAAUGGGCAAAUACACUACUUCUGUAGCGUGAAAAGGAGCGAAACCCCCGAACCGUUUGGCUCCUACAGCGUCCUGCUUCCCCUCGUCCCUCCGGCGAAAUCGAGCUCCUGUCGAAGUUCUUUACAGCUUGUAUAGGUCUCGCCUGUGAUACUUCUUCACUACGGGUCUCGACCUAUGUAUUUCACAGCCCGUAUCGGUCUCGCCCGUGACACUUCUUCUUAGCGACUGGUCGCAACCUAGGUGUUUCGCAGCUUGCAUCGGUCUCACCCGCGACCUAUAUCUCCAUUUUUUUACUGGAAGAUGCAUUUCUAAGUGAAACACGAAGCCGAUCCCUAUUCCCCUGAGCUUGGAAAUGUCUACAUUGAAUCCUUUGAAGAGGGUGGUGUCUCACGUUAUUUUGGAUUUAGACGGCACACUUCUAAAUACAGACGGCAUUGUGGUUGAGGUGUUAAAAAUAGUCUUAGAACAAUAUGGAAAGAAAUGGGAUGGCAAAAAGGCUCAUAGAAUAGUAGGGAAGACACCAUUGGAAGCAGCAAAUGCUGUUGUGGAGGAUUACGAGCUUCCAUGCACAAUAGCGGAGUUUAUGUCCACAACCACUCCAAUGUUCUCUAAUCAGUGGUGCAAUAUUAAAGCACUUCCAGGUGCUAAUCGAUUAAUUAGGCAUCUAAAGUCUAAAGGAGUGCCAUUUGGGUUGGCUUCAAACUCUCCCAGACUAAACAUAGAAGCUAAAAUUUCAUAUCACCAUGGAUGGGCGGACUCAUUUUGCACCAUUGUUGGUGGUAAUGAAGUAAAAAAUGGAAAACCAUCACCUGAUGUUUUCCUUGAAGCAGCAAGAAGGAUGAAAGUUGAUCCUUCGAAUUGCCUGGUUAUUGAGGAUUCAUCACCAGGUGUUAUGGCUGGGAAGGCUGCCGGAAUGGUAGUGGUUGCUGCACCAUCACUUCCUAAACAUGCCGAUCUUUGCAACUCAGCCGACGAGGUGAUCAAUUCUCUGCUUGAUUUGCAUCCUGAAAAGUGGGGGUUGCCUCCAUUCGAUGAUUGGAUUGAAGAUACUCUGCCAAUGGAACCUUGGUAUAUUGGAGGACCUGUUGUAAAGGGUUUUGGUCGUGGGUCAAAGGUACUUGGCAUACCUACUGGUAUGUUAAAACCUAAUAACCGCACUUAUUUUGGGCUUUCAAGUUCAUUAGUAUUUCUUAAAUUAAUCACGACUAGCUUAUUACUUCAAAUUUACUUUCACGUAAGUAUGAUAAGGGUUUGGUGCAUGCUUCUGCAUUAACCAUUACAACUGCUG